CUGGGGUGAGAGGCGCGCCUCUGGGGUCGCCCUGGGCAGGCCCGGCCCCGCAGGCCGGCGUAAAUGUCCCGGGCUGGGCGGCGGAGGGAGAAGCGGACGCCCCCAGGGCUCGAGGCCACCCUCGAGGAUGGCUUCUCGGGACCAGCUGGUGGAGCAGGUGCUGAGGGAGCUGCAGGAGGCCGUGGAGUGUGAGGGUCUGGAGGGCCUGGUCAGCACUGCGCUAGAGGCCAAGCAGGUCCUGUCUUCCUUCGCCCUCCCCACCUGCCGCAAGGGGGGCCCCGGGGUCCAGGUGCUGGAGGUGGACUCUGUGGCCUUGAGCCUGUACCCCGAUGAUGCCCCGCGGAACAUGCUGCCGCUGGUGUGUCCGGGCGGGGGCAGCCUGCUGUUCGAGGCGGCCAGCAUGCUGCUGUGGGGCGACGUGGGCCUUAGCCUGGAGCUGCGGGCUCGCACAGUGGUGGAGAUGCUGCUGCACCGGCACUACUACCUCCAGGGCAUGAUCGACUCCAAGGUGAUGCUGCAGGCCGUGCGCUACUCCCUGUGCUCAGAAGAGUCCCCCGAGAUGACCAACCUGCCGUCAGCCACCCUGGAGGCCAUCUUCGACGCAGACGUCAAGGCCACCUGCUUCCCGAGCAGCUUCUCUAACGUGUGGCACCUGUACGCCCUGGCCUCGGUGCUGCAGCGCAAUAUCUACUCCAUCUACCCCAUGCGCAACCUCAGGAUUCGCCCCUACUUCAACCGGGUCAUCCGGCCCCGGCGCUGCGACCACGUGCCCAGCACACUGCACAUCAUGUGGGCUGGGCAGCCGCUGGGCAGCCGCCUCUUCCGCCACCAGUACUUUGCACCCGUGGUGGGGCUGGAAGAGGUGGAGGCUGAUGACACACCCAGUGUGGACCCAACCCCACUGCCCCCGCUGCCCCCGCUGCCCCCGCCGGCUCGGACCUUGGAGCUUCUCAACCGGGAGCCUGGCCUCAGCUAUUCGCACCUCUGUGAGCGCUACAGCGUCACCAAGAGCACCUUCUACCGCUGGCGGAGGCAGUCCCAGGAACACCGGCAGAAGGUGGCCACCCGCUUCUCCGCCAAAUACUUCCUGCAGGACAGCUUCCACCGAGGAGGUGUCGUGCCGCUGCAGCAGUUCCUCCAGAGGUUCCCUGAGAUCUCUCGCUCCACCUACUAUGCCUGGAAGCAGGAGCUGCUGGGUUCUGCUGCCUGCCUAGCCCCAGCCCCCAAGGAGUCUCUGGCUCUGGAGCUGGAGAAGCUGCCAUCAGAGAAGGCCACCGAGGGCCCAGGCCAGCCCCCGCUGGCGCCCGCCACCCCUGGAGUGGUCUUGAUGCAGCGGGCCAAGCUGUACCUGGAGCACUGCAUCUCCCUGAACACACUGGUGCCCUACCGCUGCUUCAAACGCAGGUUCCCCGGCAUCUCCAGGUCCACCUACUACAACUGGCGGCGCAAGGCCCUCCGCAGGAACCCCAGCUUCAAGCCACCCCCGGCCAUUGUUGCUGCCCAGGAGCCUCAGCCAGUGCCUGUCAGGGAGGUGGUCCUGCUCUCUCCGAAGAGAGAGGGGAAGCAGCAGGCAGAGGAAGCCAGGGGUGGGGGGGCACCUGUGCCCCCGGAGCUCCUGCCCCGGAGGAUGCCCCUUUCCCGCUGGCAGCGGCGCCUACGCAGGGCCGCCCGCAGGCAGGUGCUGAGUGGGCAUCUGCCCUUCUGUCGCUUCCGCCUCCGCUACCCUAGCCUGUCACCCUCCGCGUUUUGGGCCUGGAAGAGCCUUGCCUGGGGCUGGCCCAGAGGCCUGUCCAAACCCCAGAGGCUGUCACCCUCCUUGGGCACACGGGAGCAGGAGGCCGGCAGGAACGGGGCAACUGUGAUGGUCCCACCAGCAGGGCCCCUCCCUUUGGGGACUUCUGGAAGUGACCCCACAAAGGUCCCAGGAGGACCCCCCAGAGAGGGGGCCCUGUGGGAGGGGGCCACAGCCCAGGGCCAGCCCCGCAGUGGGGCCGUAUUGAGCCACCCUGUGGUGGCAGCUGCAGGCGACAGGGACGGCCAGGUGCUGGUGAUGGACAUGCUCACCACCACGAAGUUCAAGGCCCAGGCCAAGCUGUACCUGCAGAAGCGCUUCCAGUCCAAGAGCUUCCCCUCCUACAAGGAGUUCAGCGCCCUCUUCCCGCUCACAGCUCGCUCCACCUACUACAUGUGGAAGCGUGCACUCUAUGAAGGCCUCACCCUGGUGGACGGCUGACGGGAGGGGCUCCUGCAAGGGUCAGGGCCUGCAGUGUCCCCCCAGCUUGGCCACAACGCCCUCUGCUCUGUUCCUGCAGGAUCCACCCUGAGUCCAAGGGCAUAUUUGUGUUAUUUCCUGGCUCUGGGCCGCAGAGAACCAGAAUUCAGCCAUCUGGUCUUCUCUUGAGAGCUACAGCAGUGCAGAUGGUCUUUGGUUGUUGGCUGGUCACAUUUUUGUUUG